AUGGCUGCCGGUGGAGCGGAGGAGCGGGGCGGUUUGGAAGCCACGGUGUGGGGUCGGCUGCGCAUCCUCCGGGAGCGCUGGACGCGAGGGGUCCGCGAACGCAGCGGUGUCGCAGCGCUCCCGGAGGACGUGGAGGAGGUGAGCGCCUUACAGAUGCUGCCGAUUGACGUGCAGCUGCACAUCAUGUCCUUCCUCUCGCCCCAAGAUUUGUGCCAUUUGGGAAGUACGAGUUGUUAUUGGAGGGCGGCUGUGCAAGAUCCGUUGUUGUGGAGGUGUUUUCUUCUGAGGGAUCUUCCCUUUUGGACAUCUAUUGAUUGGAAAUCACUCCCAGAUGUGGAGAUUUUUAAUAAAGCCUUUUCAGAGGUCAGCGAUACUGUCCUGUACGAUUACAUGGCAGUAUAUAAAAAAAGCUGUCCUCAGGGUAGAAGAAGUUUGAAAACAAGCCGACCCCGAUAUGGGGCUAUGACUUCGUUUUUGCAGUCACUGGUCACUCAAGCAGAACCUCGCUUUGCUAUGUUUGGUCUGGGGUUGGAAGAACUGGAUGAGUCAUUAGUGCAAAAGAUGAUGACAUGCCCAGAAAUUCUGCUAGUGGCUGGCCUACCUCAAAGACAAAUUCAUGGAAUUGGAUCAGGAGUCAGUUUUCAGUUUAAUAACAGUCAAAAAUUCAAUAUUCUGACAUUGUAUUCAACCAUGAGUGUGGAAAGGAGGAGAGCAAGGGCAGAGCAAGCUGUUGCUGUGAAUAAGAUGUUCUUCCAGGAGAACAACGUAGUAGGGAAUCAGCAAGCUGUGCAUUACAGUGUAAUAGCUCAAGUUAAAAAGGUGUGCGAAGUAGUUGAUGGAUUCAUUUAUGUUGCUAAUGCAGAAGCUCGUAAAAACCAUGAUCGUCAAGAGGAACUGGCUCGUAUUUUGGCAAUGAUUGAUCCAGCCCUUGGACCUCCGAAUAGACCUCUGCUAGUUUUGUCUUGCGUCUCGCACGUUGGUGUGAAAAGAAUUCCAUGUGUUUACAUGGCACAUCAGUUGCAGCUAAAUCUGCUACAUCGGCCCUGGAUGGUGCAGGACACUGUAGCUGCAACUUUAGCUGGAUUGCUAAGUGGAAUUGAGUGGCUCCUGGAAGAAGCAGAUUGUAAAAAUGCACAGUAA